GCUGAAGCUCGAGAACACUCCAGUCAGAGUAGAGCAUCACAACACGCGCGUUCUGUUCAGUCAAAACAAGAUUUCGUAAUGAUGCUUCAGCAUCCUGGGAUGGGUCCUUCGGAAAUCAGCGCGUCUGCUUUGGUCCCCUGUCUCUCCCCGCCGGGCUCACUCACGCUGGACGACUUCACCAACUUCACUCCGUUAGUCAAAGAGGAGCUGCGCUACGCCAUCCAGAACAAGCGCAUGUCCAACGGCAUGAGCACUAUGACCACUGACCGAGCGUGUCUGAACACCGAACGACCCACUGAACUGCCUUUGGCGAAGCGUGAGGUCAUUCCAGAGGAGGGUGAAAGGAGAAAAAGAAGAAGGGAAAGAAACAAAAUUGCAGCAGCAAAAUGUAGAAACAAGAAAAAGGAAAAAACUGACCAUUUACAAAAGGAAUCAGAGAAGUUGGAGUCCAUCAACGCCGAGCUCAAAGCCCAGAUUGAAGAACUGAAGAACCAAAAGCAACAGCUAGUUUACAUGUUGAACUUACACAGGCCCACCUGUAUUGUCCGUGCUCAGAAUGGCCAGACCCCUGAGGACGAGAGGAUGCUCUUUAUCCAGCAGAUCAAGGAGACCUCCUUGCAAGGUCUUAAUUUUACCACAAGUGGACCAACACACACAAUAGCAACUAGCUGUGGGCAUCACUGAAUCAAACUGUACAGUUAAGAAGCUAAAGACUCGGCAGUCAUUGCCCAUGAAAAUGUAAAGGUUCACCCAAAUUAUAAAGGACUAAGGACUAAACUACACAUGGGUGCCUUCCAUGCCAACCAAGGUUGGUCUGAUGUACACCGAAAGGGACUCGCACUAAAGUGUUUAAAGAUGUUUAAAACAUUUUUUCAUGGAGUUAUAUUCUGUUCUUUAAACCUGUUCAUAAUUGUAUGCUUUUUUGUAUGCACCUAAGCUUGUUGUCAUAUUUAUGCUAAAGCAACAUGAUGUAUUUAUCAGCUUGUUGGUUAAAUGAAAACUUGGUGUUGUGUUUGACUGCAAGUACUAUUCUUGUGAGGAAAAAUGGAAGACUAAUGUAGUGAUGGCGUGUAUUUUUAUUUUUUUAUUGAAGAUAAAGACAUAACAUACAGGGUGAUGAAGUUAAUUAGCUUAGUUGCAUGUGUAUCUGUGGCCUCCGCCUUGUUUAGUAUACUUGUAACAUGCCACAUGAAGUAUUUCAAGCUGCUACUAACCUCUCAGGACAUGGUCUAUAUAUUACAGGAAACUCAUCCUAAAUAAACAGAUAAAAUGACAGGGAUGUCAAAGAGUAGACUUUGAGAUAGCCAGGUGUCAGGCAUGCUACUUACAAGAAAGUCUCUCCCAUUAGAGACUUGAACUUUCACCACUAAAGGCCUGUCUGUGCAAUCACUUCUAUGGUCUGAAAACUUUGUUACAAUGCUGUGAGCAGGAGGGUUUACAUUUGCCAGCCCACUGCACAAUGAGGGAUGUUUUUGUGAAAUUAAGGGACAUAUAGUUAUUUUCUGAUGUUGCAUUUUUCAUAUACUGAGUGAUGUUAUUGUGUAGAUGCACAAACCUCUUCACUUAUCCUAAAGAGGAAAAAAAACACUUCAAGUAAAGCUCUUAUUUUUGGUCUGGUUAUGUUGUCCUAGAUCAUGUGUCAAGCAAUUUUGAAAAACCAUACCACAAGACAUCUGAUCAAGCCCUGUGACUACAUUGCCUAACUUUACAUUUAGAGUUAAGGAAGAGUUUUGCCUCUGCAAAAAAACGUCUGUCAGUCGAUUUUUACGAGGGGAAAUCCCGAAAUACCUUUUCACCUAAAUCUCCCGUAACGUUUCUGAGUCUGUAUUUCUUUUCAGAUGUGUGUUGAAAGGUUAAAUGGUGCAGGCGUCAGAUAGCCUUUCUUGUUCUUUGUAAUUGUUCAAACAGGCAUGCCAAUCACAUAAUGUUGUACUACUGACAUUAAAUGUGUUAUGGAAACAAAGCUUUGCUUAAUAUUUGAGGUUAAACCAAAGCAACCAAUACAGCUAUGAUUGAGAUGUUAAUGGCCUGUAUCUGAACGAGAUAUGGCUUCAGUUUGACUCUUGUUUGUUGUUUGUUUUUGAUACUUUAUUAAUAAAAACAUA